UCUCGAGUUGUAUAAGACUGCGUCGUCAUGGUAACCGCCUGCCUCCUAGAGGUCUCGCCAUGGCCUGGAGAGAUGGCUGGAGCUCCGCGGGCCCCGGCGCUCCCGUCGCUCAGCUCCAGGCCCCAGCGCCCUCAGUAACUAUCCUGCAGUCUCUCCCAGGGGCUUGGGUACCUCCUCAUCAGCCAGGACACAUGAAGGAAGACCUACUGUCACUGAUGAUGCUACAGAACAUUCAAAUGCACCAGCUGCUCAUGAGUCGCCUGACAAUGAGUGCCCUUGAUUCCAAGCUCCUGACUUCCCAGGUCAAUAUGCUGAGCCUGCAGGAUGAAGAAGGAGAGGAGGAAGAAGAGGAGAUAGUAGUGUUUCACCACCAUUACCUGCCUUGGUCAGCCCCAGCCCUGGUCCCCCUGCUUCCCUGUCCAGUGCCAGACCCACGUCAGUCAUGGCUCCCAGAAAUCUCAGGGAUUAGGAAUCUCCCUCGAGACUCACAGAUCAUCCCAUCUGCCAGGAGAGGAGUACCCCCACCCCCACCCCCCAGUGCCACAGGGACGGUGGGUGCUGAUGUACCACCUGCCUCAGACUACUAUGAUGUGGCAGAGGGACAAUCGUGACACUAUCCCCGAUGGACUGGCUUCUCUGGCUACGUGGUAGAAGAAUCACAUGUUCUACAAACCCCAUCUUGGGCAGCUACAGACGAGGCAACUUGUGGGGCCGAGAGCCUCACCUCCACUUCUCCUUUUCUCUGAGAGUCAUCCCCCCUGCAGCCCUUAGACUUCCCAGUCCCAAAGGUUCUCCUAAAGUACCUCACUCACCUCCAAAUGGACCCUCCCCAUUGGAUGAGGGCCAGGGCUAAGAGUAAUCUUGACUUCUGAGUCCAGUGUUUUAGGGAAUUAGAAUAGAAAUAAGAGCCAGGGAGCAGGGUUCCCUCUUCUUCCCUUUCUGUUUUUCUCUCUGCCGUGUUCAGCUCCCAUCUCCUCUCCACCAUCUCCAAUGCGACAUAUCUCCUGUGCAGUGUUAGCUUCUACUUCUCGCCCUAGGUAGACUGGUUGGUUCUACCACUGCCCUUCCUUGUGUGGUUCUCUUUUUCCACUAUAGGAUUUAGAGGUGGGAGGGAUUUUAAAGAUUAUCUAGUCUCAUCCUUGUACUUUUCAGAUAAAGAAACUGAGGUCCAGAAGAGAGACCUGACUUGUCCCAAGUUGCACAGGGAAUAAAUAGAUCACCAGAAUCAA